AGUUAUAAAGAACCAUCCUGCUCCCUGGGAACACAGGCUUCUUGGGCACCAAAUUCCUCUGGCAUGCAUUCUCUUCAGCUUCUCUUCAAGACCAGUGCUGCUGCCCUGCUCCUGGGUGUCUGCCUGACACUGCAGACUGGCACAGCUCAAGGACAAAUACAGAAUGUAAUUUCAGCGAAUCUGACAACUUCUCAAAUUGACAACUCAACAGGCUAUGUGAUAACACUUGAAGUUUCAAAUCUCAUAUCUCAAUGCAUAGUGGUUAAAACCACAUUGGAGGUCUCUGACAUGGUCUUUUUUCUUUAUGGUAAUUUUCAUUUUACUAGCUGUCUGUGUGGCGUUAGUACAAGAAGAUUCUUCUGGGAGAUAGACGCACCUGAAAAUGGAAUCAUAACAGGGACAGCUCAAGUUGUGUCAGAGGAGAAUAUAUGCCCUCCUGGUGUGACUAUCUCCACCCCUGUUUAUGAAAUUGUUAUCACACGUGAUGUCAUUAUAACACUCUGAUCUGGAAAGUCUGCCAUUUCUGAGUUUGUGGGCAUCUGUGUAGACUGGAAAAUAAACUUCCUACUGACUUCUCA